AUGCUAUAUGCCGGCGUCAAGAAGAAUGGCGAGCGCUUCAUGUCACCACAGGACUUUGUGAGCCAUUUCCUCCAGCACACACAGACAUCCAGCUCUCGGACGAGGCUGCUGGCUGGAGUGGUGGAUCAGAAGAAAGACGGGUUGAUCUCCUUUCAGGAGUUUGUCGUCGAGUCGGUGCUGUGCGCCCCAGACUCCCUCUUCAUGGUGGCCUUUCUGCUGUUUGAUAAAGCAGGCAGUGGCAUGACCAGCUUUAAGGAUGUGCAGCAGGUCUUCAGCCAGACCACCAUCCACCAGCACAUCCCCUUUAACUGGGACUGUGAGUUCAUACGGCUGCACUUCGGCUCAGGGAGGGACAAGCGUGCUUUGACCUACUCACAACUGACCCACUUUUUGUCCGAUAUGCAGCUGGAACAUGCGCGGCGGGCUUUCAUCCAGCGGGACCGAGACAGCGGCUCCAUCUCGGGCCUGGACUUCAGGGACAUCAUGGUCACCAUCCGGCCGCCCAUGCUCACAUCCUUCGUGGAGGAAUGCCUCGUGGCGGCCGCGGGUGGCACAACCUCUCACCAGGUCAGCUUCUCCUCCUUCAACGGCUUCAACUCGCUUCUCAAGAUGAUGAGAAAGAUCUACAGCACUCUGGUGGGCCACCGGCGAGAUGUGGAAGUCACCAAAGAAUAGUUCAUUGUGGCAGCUCAGAGGUUUGGUCAGGUGACACCCAUGGAGGUCAACAUCCUCUUUCAGCUGGCUGACCUAUGUGUUGGUUUAGUGGACAUUGAGCAGAUCGCUCCGCUGGAGGAAGGCGCCCUUCCCUACAACUUGGCUCAGGUCCAGAGACAGCAUGAAAUCAGUGUCUACAUAAUUGUAUUCUCCCCUGUAGCUGUGGGAGCCACAGCAGUGUACCCCAUUGAUCUGGUGAAGACACGCAUGCAGAACCAGAGGAGCAGCGGCUCCCUGGUGGGAGAGCUCAUGUACAAGAACAGCUUUGAUUGCUUCAAGAAGGUGGUCCGCUACGAGAGCGUGUUCGGCCUCUACAGAGGUCUCGUACCACAGCUACUGGGUGUGGCGCCCGAGAAAGCCAUAAAGCUCACAGUGAACGACUUUGUGAGAGGAAAGACCCGACAGAAAGAUGGAACGGUGCCGCUCGGAGCUGAGAUCCUGGCCGGUGGAUGUGCCGGUGGCUCCCAGGUGAUCUUCACCAACUCUCUGGAGAUUGUGAAGAUCCGUCUGCAGGUGGCAGGAGAGAUCACCACGGGGCCGAGGGUCAGCGCCCUGUCCGUCAUCAGGGGCCUCGGUUUCUUUGGACUUUACAAGGGUUCCAAGGCCCGUUUCCUGAGGGACAUUCCCUUCUCAGCCAUCUACUUUCCCUGCUACGCCCACCUCAAGGCUCACCUCAGUGAGGCGGACGGAACCAUCGGACCGGCCAAGAUGCUGUUUGCUGGAGCGCUGGCAGGCCAGCGGCCUCUUGUGACCCCAGCUGACGUGAUCAAGACCAGGCUACAGGUGGCGGCCUACAGCGGCCUUGUGGACUGUUUCUGGAAGAUUCUCAGAGAAGAGGGACCCCGGGCUUUCUGGAAAGGAGCCGGAGCUCGUGUGUGCAGAUCCUCGCCUCAGUUCGGAGUGACCUUGGUGACCUAUGAACUCCUGCAGCGCUGGUUCUAUCUCGACUUCGGAGGACAAAAGCCGGCUGGCUCAGAGCCCACCCCAAAGUCUCGGAUCAGCCUGCCGGCGCCCAACCCCGACCACAUCGGAGGCUUCAGGUUGGCCGUGGCCACGUUCACUGGCAUCGAGAGCAACUUCGGUCUCCAUCUCCCACGCUACACGGUGGCGUCGGCAGCAGCAGCAGAGGCCCUCUCCGAUGCGGGUAGAGAAGGGGGGGGGGGUGAAAGAUGGGGCUUGUAUGUUUUUACCAAGUCAUUGUAGUAUUAUAAGUUACUGGCUUAAAGUUGUUUAUAAUGUGUUUUCUUUGAAUCUAGUCUACAUGCAACCAUGUGGAUUAGUGAGCUGAUUAGCGCGGGUACUUUGUAGGACUCGUGCCGUGUUUGUUUCACCAUUCAUGGACAUUGUAUAGUCGUAUUAUAAUGUGGUUUUUCAUACAGUGCAGCUGGUUCAGUAUAUGCACACAGGCAGCAGAAGUUUAAACACACUAAACUGAUGGCUUUUUAAAAUAUAUAUCUUUCAAACAUACAGACAUACGGUUGCAGCUUUUUCCAGUGUCUUCAUUUUGUUGCUCUAUAACCAAAAGCACAUCAUCCUCACAUGAUCAUAUAGCCAGUAAAAAAGAGAGGAAUUGAUCUGCACUUUAAACUGAAAUGAGGCACUUAUGUAUAUAUGAGAAAUCCAGAGCCAUAUGUUCAUAUCUAUACAGAUAUCUUUGUCACAAGAUGCUCAUUUGAUCAAAGGCUUCCGCUCGAAUAUGACCAAAAAGUAGUGUAAAGUAAAAGUGAUACAUUCUUAUGUCCACAUUGUUUACUGUAAGAUGUUUGGCUUUAGGUCUAAAUGUAUGCAGAUGUGUAAAUAUCUGAGACAGCUGGCACCGACUGAGUCUAUACAUGUGUACGGUACAGAGAACGAAGGAGGUGCAUAAGGCGUGUAAUAACCGUGCUUUAUGUGUGUAUGGCAGCAACAUGUGUACUAAGAGUAAAGAGAAACUUACAUG